AUGAUGGGGAAACCUAGUGGUCCUGCUCCACAAGUUAAUGGGAUUUCUCCAAACCAAGGAACCCCUGGGACAAAACUGACUAUUAGAGGAGAAAACUUGGGGAACACUGCAAGUGAUCUUCUACAUGUAUUCAUUGGUGGGAUAGAUGUUGGAAGAAGUGCUCAAUGGUUCUCACCUAAGAAACUUACUGCCAUUACACCACUGGGAGAAGGUGAACUUGAAAUCGUCGUGGUUACCGAUAGUGGGGGCUUUGGAACUGCCGCAGUAAUUUAUCGCCAAAAUACCCUCCGCGUAGUCAGUCCACAAACUGUUGUAACUUAUUGGCCAGAAGAUGAUAGACGUGUUGCUCCUACUAGUGGUAGUACUUCUGCAGGAUCAUCCGGAUCUACUGUAGCUGUUGGAUGUGUUCCUGGAGCAGAGCUUGAUCAUUCCACUGGCCUUCCAAUGUCGGAGUUGAGUCGAAUUAGUAUGCCACUGUCGGACUCUGCUUUGAGAGAAAUAUACCCACGGUCAGGUUCAGUACAUUUGGCUGAUAAAGAUUUUAAUCCAGUUAUGUUUCUACUGAAAUUCUACAAAAAUUCCAAUUUUAAUGAUUUAUUGGUUACGGUGAAAAAUUUUCGCCAAAGUAUGGGUCAGGAAGGUCCAGGUGAACCUGUCAAUGUUAUUAGAACAAAUCUAGUUUUAAUUUUUCGAUGUUUGGAUGGAAUGGAUGGUUUACGUCGUAGAUUGGACAAUGAGAAGAAAUCAAUUGAAACAAAUAACAGCAAUGAUUUACGUUUGGAAUCAAUUCUUUACGAUACCCGCGCACUUGGUCACCGUUUAUUUGAAGAUAUUUUAAAACGUAGAGAUAGGGGUGAUUCAAUUAAAAAUGCUAUAUCUGUUUUGCAACGUUAUCAGUUCCUAUUCAAUCUACCACAUGCUAUUCGAACAAAUAUAUCCAAAGGUGAUUACAAUUUGGUAUUAAAUGAUUACUUGCGUGCAAAAUCAUUAUUCUCCAGUUCAGAUACUGAAGUUCUACGCCGUAUUUAUAGUGAUGUGGAAACUGUAGUUGCUAAUUUUUCUGUUAUGCUUCGUAAUCAACUAAUUUCUAUGCCAAUUGAUUGUGAUGAUGCACGACAUAAAAUUGGGUAUCUAACACAAUUAGAAGUGGAUUAUGAUCCUGGUUGGUUAUGUUUGACAUAUUUCAAGGAUUGGCUGAUCGAUCAACUACGUAAUUACCAACGUAUAUCUCAUCAGGAUAUGGUAGAUGGUAAUUCAAUGAAAAAUAAACAGUUUGAUGGUUCUAAUAUCAUUGGUAAUCUUCUCUCGGUGGAUAAUAAAUCGUCUAUAAUGAAUCCUGAUUCAUUCAUCUUAUUUGCUGAAGACUUUUAUGGUGUCCCACCAAUGGUUGGUAUGGUGAAAGCAGUAUGUCGUUUACUUACUACACAUGUUAUUCAAUUUUGGCGUCUGGGUACAGCUUAUAUUUCGGGGCAGUUAAAUUACAACAACCAAAAAUCCUAUGAUAAACUUGGUCAGACGUCGUCAACAAACGAUCCCAAAGCGGCAUGGCUGCAAAUUAAUUUAGAACUUGUACACUCUGUGUCCAAUCACAUGCGUGAUAUUGUUCUUGAAGCUUUCAGCACUACAUCUAAUGAAACUUCAUUAACUGAUCAUUUAUUAGAGUGUAUAAAAGAAUAUAGACAAUGUUGUAGUUCCCUGCCACUGUCAGAGAUGUCAUCCGAAAUCUGUGAUAUAUUUGCUAAACUUGCUUAUGAUCUACGUAAACUUGCUGUUCGUGGGAUAUUUCUUCGUGCUCAACUUACUAUUGAAACGUUACAAAUUAAAGAAAGAUGGGAUGUGGAUUUAACUGAUACUGAUGGUGGAAUUACUAAACUUCCUCUAUUGUAUGAAGAUAUUAUUGCUGACUCAUUCAUUCUUUGUGAAGAUCAAGUAUUUCCGAGAACAUCAAUAGAAAAACCACUUUUUGACUCUGAUGAACUUCAAGAACGUUUUCCAGAAUGGUCCGGAAUAGGAAUGAUUAGUUUUAUCGCAGUAUCACAACGUUUAGCUGAUCAAAUUGAACAUACUGUGCAAAGGGCCCAUAAUCAAGAUGAAUCAUCUAAUGAAUAUCAACAAAGUUGGAUAGAUUCAGGUGUAAAUAAUCUACGAAAUUCUGGACAAAACAUUAUUUCACAGGCUAGAGGAUUACUUUUAGUUUUAAAUAAUGUUGAAUGGGUUGCGUGUCAUGCAAAUUAUCGUCUAUUAAAUUUAUACAAGUCAUUAGGAUAUGUUUCAGUUGAUCGAUUACAAGCUACUUUAGAUGAAGCAUGGGAUGAAGGUCGAAAGGAUAUUUGUUCAAGAUAUGUGAAAUUACGUAGUGAAUGGUUAUGUUUACCGCUUCAAUCAUACUUAUCAAAUCUUUUACCAUCAGAAAGAUACAUAAGUACUAAAAAAAAGGAUGAUAUAUAUAUAAUAAAUGGCAUACAAAGUUCACUACAAGAAGUUUUAGCUAAUUUAUCGCAUAUUUAUUCUGAAUUAAUUUUACUUAUUGGAUUGAAAUCCAUUCAGUCAUCAUCAUCAUCCUUCUCUUCAUCACCCUAUCGAACUAAUUCUUCCAAUGAGACUAAUGACAAAAAACCAAUUUGUUCUAUUAGUAUACAAGAGAUUUUUCAUCAAAUUAUUCAAUAUCUUAUUCAACAUAUUCAUGAUCGUUUAAUUGAACGUAAUGUAUCGGAUUGGUCACAAUUAGCUCAAUUACAAUUAACUUUGGAUUUGAAUGCAAUUAAAUUAAUUUUACCGAAUUAUUUAUUUACAAAUGAAUCAAAUAAACUAUUAAACACAAUAUGCUCUCGUUAUAAGAUUAAAAUAUCUCCAGUAUUCAAUUAUUUAGGAAAUGAAGAAUCUCAACAUUUGUCGAAAUUACUUGAAAAAGAAAGAGUCACCACGUCGAGAAUCAAUGGUCACAGGAUAAUCGGGAUUUUCUCGUGUAUUCCUACUCCAAAUCACACACAUACACAUAAGUACACCAGAAAUCCACCUUUCGGUGGUGAUUAUCUUUUUAUGUACUUACUGUUGUUUGCUUUCCUUUUUUUUAAAUUUACUUUGCAUAAACUGUAA